AAAGUUUAGUAGGUACUAUCUUAAAAUUUAAGUUUCAAUACAAUACACUGACUCAUGAAAAGGGUUUGUUAAUGUGAGACCAGUAGACCACAAACAAAAGAAAGGAAUGAAAAAACACAAUUGAUUUGCUGAGAAGACUAUAGUUUCAAGUGGAGAUCGAAUCAAAAGACAUUAUUGUACUUUCCAUUCUAACAGUAGUAAGUGGUGUACCUGGUCCUUGAAGCACUCUUCCAUUUUAAAUUACCCCUGAAUGAAUGACCAGCAAUGAUGUGCUCAUUGACCUUUCAAGCCCUACAACUACAAUGAAUGACUGUUCCCGCCAAGUCACCAUGUUAUAGUACUACACGUGCUGACUCCCCCAUAAAUAAUGCCAUAACCAAACUCUUUAUCAACAUCAUAGUUGAAGUGUCUCUAUCCCUCUCGUAUAUGCAUGGCACCCCCGAGGAAUGUUGAAACUGCUAAGAAAACAAACAACAGAGGAGCAUGGACCGCGGAGGAAGAUCAGAAGCUAGCCCAGUGCAUUGAAAUUCACGGUGCAAAGAAAUGGAAAACUGUUGCAAUUAAAUCAGGUCUAAACAGAUGUGGAAAAAGUUGCAGGCUGAGAUGGUUAAACUAUUUGAGACCAAAUAUCAAGAGGGGCAACAUAUCAGUUGAGGAAGAGGAUUUGAUUAUUAGGCUUCACAAACUGCUGGGAAACAGGUGGUCAUUGAUAGCUAAGAGACUUCCAGGACGAACAGACAAUGAAAUUAAGAACUACUGGAAUACUUGUUUGUGCAAAAAAGUUAAUCACAAAAAGGUGAAACCUGAAACUUCAACGGCACAAACAACGCAUACGACUCAGAAUACCGAGGAAAGAGCAGCGGUAGAGAAUAAAGAGGGCACUGAUGAUGGGAGUGGGGACUCAGAAGUUAACUUUGAUGUGAACGAAUUCUUCAACUUCUCCAUUGAAUCUGGACCCUUUGCGUUGGAUUGGAUGAUCUAAAACUUGAUGAGGAAUUGAUAAUUACGUGUCUCUCUUAAUUUAUUAGUGUGAGCUUGUUUUUAUAUACUUGUUAUGUGGUCAUUGUUAAGUGGAGUCCUAGCAAUAGCAAUACAUGUGUGAGUUCCAUUAAAUAAUUUGAACUCUCAUCAUUGUAUUUAGUGGAACUUACAUAUAUAUAAUUAAGUGUAACAAUAAUAAUGUGUUCAUGAGAGUACUGAAUAA